AUGGAGCUAGGGUCAGAGGUAGGGCGGAAACAGGGAGGGAGUGAUGGCAGGGUGGUGUUUGAAGAGAGGCUUGCGCCCGCACAUGCCGCCAGUGAGUCCAACGCACUAACCACUCCAUCUCGCCGCGUCGCAUGCAGAUCGCACGCGGCGGCUGAUGUGGAGGAAGGCGCGCAGCAGGCGGAUCUCCGCUCGCCCCUCCUCUCCGUCGGCGGAAGCGCGGGCCCGAAGGAGCGCCACCACCACCACAGCAACAGCAUAGGCGGCGGCGCGGGCCCUUCCCCCGGCGGCGGGGGAAGCUCCGCGUCCGAGGGGAAGCUCGCGAGCUUCUUCCGCGCGGACUCCGCGUCUGAGCGCAAGCGCGACGACAACUGGGCGGUGGGCGCGAGCGGGGGCGGGCGGCGGUCGCGGCGGUUCCAGGUGGCGGGGAGCGCGCUGGUGUCGGGCAUGUGCUACUGCGCUUCGUCGUGCUCCAUGAUUCUACUCAACAAAGUGGUGCUGUCGGCACCCUGCAUCAUGCUAGCAUCAAUUCUCUUACGCCGCUCCCUGCCUUCUCCUCCUCUACUGUCCUUCUCACCGCCCUCCCUGCCUUCCGCACCUGUGCAUCGCCUCCUCACUCACCCCCCCCUCCCCGUGCACACGGCCCACAAUCCCACAAUACCAUAUGGCUAUGGUUUCGUGCGCGCAUUGCAGAACCUGGUGAGCGUGACAGUGGUGCUGGUGCUGGUGUAUAUGGGCGUCAUUGCCACGGAGCCCCUCACGCUGCGACUCAUGACCGUCUGGUUACCAGUCAACCUCAUCUUCGUUGGCAUGCUCGUCACCUCCUUCUUCAGGUGCUCUCCCUCCUUCAGGUGCCCUGUCUGUUUCUUCAGUCUACAGUACAUGCAGGUGGCCAUGGUGACGAUACUGAAGAACGUGACGAACCUGAUAACAGCGGUGGGCGAGAUGUACCUCUUCCGCAAGCGCCACUCCUCCAAAGUCUGGGGCUCGCUCUUCCUCAUGAUCCUAUCGGCCUUCUGUGGCGGCUUCACAGACCUGGCUUUCCACCCAGUGGGCUACACGUGGCAGAUCUUCAACUGCUUCUUCACCGCCGCGUACUCGCUAACGCUGCGCAGGGUGAUGGACAGUGCCAAGGCGGCGACCAAGAGCGGGCAGCUCUCGGAGUUCACAAUGGUGCUGCUCAACAACGCGCUCUCCUUCCCUCCCGCCAUCCUCCUCAUCAUCGCCUUCAGUGAAACCAAAUACCUUCUCCACUCUCCGCUGAUGCUGAACGGGGGGUUCUGGGUGGCGGUGACGCUGAGUGGGCUGCUGGGACUCGCCAUCUCCUUCACCUCCAUGUGGUUCCUGCACCAGACCUCGCCCACCACCUACAGUCUGGUGGGGUCGCUGAACAAGAUCCCACUCUCCCUCUUCGGCAUCAUUCUCUUCAACGCCCCCACCAACGCUGCCAACAUCUCCUCCAUCCUCUUCGUGCAUCGACCCCCCCCCUCUCCCCUCCAUCCUCUUGGGUGCGUGCCGCACUAG